CGUUUUCCCCCCGUCGUCCAGCACACGAGCGGACGGACGAAGGUUGAAAAGAAAGUGCUCUGGCCGCCAUUUCCAUCACUAUAGCUCGGCAGCAGCUAGAGUCUACCUCUUUUUUUUUAAAUAUGUGGGUCAAGGACUUCCAGAUAGAUGUAUACAGCCGGCCCAUCUUCAGGAGAUUUCCCCUCCACAGUUUCUCUCUCUCUCUUUCUUUUCACUGGAUAAAAGGUCAAAAACAAUCGGGGCAAUAAUUAUUUAAAAAUUUCAAUGAUUUUUCACCGAUUUCCAACGAGAUCGUAUACGAAAAUGAUAAUUCAACGGACUGUAUGCCCCCCCGCAAGAAAGUCAAAAAUAAAUAUGCAGAAUUUUUAAAUUUUCUUCUUAAUUUUGAAAAGAAAACGAUCAAAAGUUGACCGCUGUGGCACCACAGCUCCGAGGGACAAAAGGAGAGUGAACUUUCUCUUUCUCGAGACUUUCGAUGUGUGUAUGUAUGUAUGUAUAUAUACAAGCAUGUGUGCGGGUUCUUGGGGCAGAAUAAGAAAGAAACGGAAUAAUAAUAUAACAUUCGAUAUAGAAAACUAAACUAUACCUGCACUCUCUAUUCUCUCUUUCUUUCUACGUUGUUUUUCCUGUAUUUAUAUGUACACGGCUCCGCUAUAUACAUAUCGUCCAGUUCGUAUUGGGCCAGUGAAAUUCGUAAAGUUAUUAGUUGCGAUAUUAAAAAACCAUCGCCCAUAUCGUACGAGCGUGUUCCAACUGGCGUGAAGAGUGAAAAUGUGCUGUGCGCAAUUAAAUCGUUUCCGAUUCACUGCCAAGCGAGAGCGAAAGCAACUGGAAGAAUUUCCUCAUCGCAGAUGAAAUAUUCCCAUACCUAUAAUCAUAGGCUAGUUUUCUAUUAUAUUUUAAACUACACCCUUAAAAAAAACGAGAGAGAGAGAGAGAGAGAGAGACUAUUGGAUGGCGCAAACGGGGGGGUCGGACCCCGGCCCGAUCUAUAAAAGAGGCCAGCACCGUCGAGUCGACACAACAGUCUCAGGUGUCCAACGCUCCCAGCUGCUUCACUUUGUUGCUUUCCCCUUUCCAAUCGAGAGCUGUACUACACCCCUGGUCCAAUAUGUUUGCCGUUUACCUUAUCGCUGCAGUUUUGAUCGCUCAGACGCAAUCGGCCGCCAUUCCCGAAUCGGAGACGGUCCCAAUCGAAACAGUGAUCAUCGAGACGAAAGAGAACAAGGAAGCCAAAUCGUCGGUGGACACGGUCGAUUUCGCACUGCUCGAGUACACGGAGAAAGAUCACGCCAAGGAUAUCGACUCUUAUCUCGACACGGCUGUCCAGGCGGACAAAUUCGGAUGCGGAUCGAGGCUCAUCUGCGAACUGCACCGACGAGCUGAAAGCGAAUUGUUGCCGGAAGAAGUUCUCCUGCGAUCCAUGUUCGAUGGCAAGCCUUUGGCCGUCUCGUCCGACGGACCCAAAGUCGCCAAGGGUCGCGGAGUCUUCCAGUACGCGGCCUUCAUCGGCUCGACGGCCAAGAACUCUGAGACGUGCAGCCGGGCCUUCUCCCGCUGCCCGUUCGACUCUGACACGAUCCUCAUCGUCUUCCGGGCCAUCGGCAGCUCACCGGCCCUCAAAUCUCUCCAGCAUCCUUUCCCCAGUCACAAACUCCAGCCACCCAAGGAAGUUACCUCAGCUUAAUCAUCGCCCAGCAUAAUAUUAAUCGACUGCUGGGCCGCCAGUAUUUUCCCAGCAGUCCAUUUUGACUCAUAUCAAUUCACACGAAAUAGAGUUUUAUAUUUACAUUUCACUUAUCCCCCUCCCCCCACUCCUCCUCCACCCAUAUCGUCCGUGCAAUAUGUUGCUGAUCUGAAUAUAAAUUUUUAUAAUUUUAAACAAA